AUGGGUACCCAUAUGCAUACCCUGCCUUUGAUUUGUGCGAACGACAAUUGUAAAACCAACGGUGGACAGCUCGCCAGGGUUACGGGAAAACGUCUUAAUGAUUUCCUGCUGAGAGAAUUUAAAGAUGGAAUAAAAAGUACUGUGUGGAUUGGCUUGACAUUUCGUAAUGGUAAAUGGCGUUAUCCUGAUGAUAGCCUAUCGACCUAUUUCAAUUGGGAUGAUAACGAGCCAAAUAAUGCACAGGGAAAUGAAUAUUGUGUUGAAUAUCUAACAAAGGGAAAGUGGAAUGACCAUACAUGCAACACUCCGUGGCCAUUUAUCUGUGAAAAGGAGAUGGAUGAGUGUGCUUCGAAAGCUCACAGAUGUCACUCUCAAGCCACGUGCAACAACACCAUUGGAUCAUACACCUGUACUUGUAGUGAAGGAUUUACGGGGAAUGGGAAAGUUUGCGAAGAUAUGAAUGAGUGUGAUGUGAAAACUUACAGAUGUCACUCUCAAGCCUCGUGCAGUAAUACCUAUGGAUCAUACACCUGUACUUGUAAUGAAGGAUUUACUGGAAAUGGGAAAGUUUGCAAAGACAUAGAUGAGUGUGUGUUUGACCAUCUCGGAUGUCAUUUUCAAGCCACGUGCAAGAAUACCAAUGGAUCGUACACCUGUACUUGUAAAGAGGGAUUUUCAGGAAAUGGAAGUGUUUGCGAAGAUAAGAAUGAAUGUGAGUUAAACAAUCACAAUGUCAUUCUCAGCCACGUGCAAGAAUAA